GAGGGAAAGUUUUACCAGCCAGAGAUUUUGGCCAUUUUUCGGAAGCUGCUGGAAGGGCUGGCAGGUAGCGCGCCACGUCACGAGCCUCACGGCCGUCACGACCUCGACGCGCGCGCGGAGGCCGGCGCCAGCCCUCUGGCGGAGCAGUCGUCGCAGAGCUCGUCGGAUGGCAGUGCCCCGGUGGCGGAACCGGAAAUCCAAAUCUUUGCGCCUGUGGAUCUGAGAAGCCUAGGUUCCGAGUGGAAGAUCCUUAUGAUGGCCGACGCGUUUGACGCAGUAGAAGGGCACUAUGCGGCGGCAGCCCCGCGCUGGCUGGCUGCGCUGUGGCUGUGGUGGCUGCGCUGCGGCUUUGGUGGCGCUGUGGGCGACGUCGAAGUCUACAAUUUCCAGCUUCUGGCAAUGACUGGCGGAAGGCGGAUGGCGCGCGAGCCGCACUUGGCGACCUUGCGCUUCACUCACACAGAAGAAGCAGCAGUGGUGGUUUGA